GUUGAGGUCAAUCGGUACUUUGUCUUUAUUAUAGGAGUCCACGCCUCAGAUUACAGUAUACGUCAAGAAAAUGGGAAGAGCACCCUGCUGUGAAAAGGUGGGUCUGAAGAGGGGAAGAUGGACUGCAGAAGAAGAUCAAAUCCUCACCAAUUACAUUCAAGCUAAUGGAGAAGGCUCUUGGAGGUCUUUACCCAAGAAUGCAGGGUUACUGAGGUGUGGAAAGAGUUGCAGAUUGCGAUGGAUUAACUACUUGAGACCCGACUUGAAGAGAGGCAGCAUGUCUUCCGAAGAGGAAGAAAUUAUCGUUAAAUUGCACGCCUCUUUGGGUAACAGGUGGUCCCUAAUUGCAGGACACUUGCCAGGUAGAACAGACAAUGAGAUAAAGAACUACUGGAAUUCCCAUUUAAGCAGAAAAAUUUACAGUUUCCGGCAAACAUAUCCCAAUUUUACAUCACCGGCCAAGGCACAGGGGGUGGCAAACAAGCGAAGAGGUGGUCGAACGAGUCGAUCAACCAAUGUUUCGAAAUCAUCGGAACAAGUGAAAGAAAUCGAUGUCGGAAAUGCAGCAGUGGCAAUGACAAGUUCAGAGAAAGAAGCCUUGUCCAGUACAAUUUCCUGGACGGAAAUUUCCGCCGUAGAGGAAGUAAUGGAAACCAUAGAUACGCCGCCGAAUAACGAGGGAAUGGGAAUGUUGCACCUUGAUGACAUUAUAGUGGAUUCAAAUCGGAUUUCAACUUCAGAUCAUGAGGAGAGAGGAGAAGGAAUUAUCACCGACGGAAUAUUGCCGACGGAUAAUUUGGGAUUCUCGAGUGGGGAGAAUGGAUUUGAAUGGGAUUGGGAAAGUGAUGAUGCCAUUACUGGUGGAAAUGAGGUAUGGGGACUAGAAGAAAAUACGUUUUCUUGGCUUUGGGAUAGUAAUGGCUAAUGAGAGUGGAGAAAGAGAUCGUGAUGAUGAAUGUGGACUUCAAAUGGACAUGAAUGACAAGCAUUAAACAAGUGUUACUUGGCUUAAGAGUUUUACUUAUCUUUCUUUUCUUUUCCUUUCUUUUUUUCAUUUUAUUUCAUUUUAUUUUUUUGAUGGUUGGUUAAUCUUCUUGUAAUAAUGUGUCAAGUACUCGUGCUCGUAAACUGAAGUUUAGUUAUAUAUAUUGAAGGGUUUCAAUAAUUA